AUGGCAUCUAACACUAGGACGUACUCUUUAUUAGUAGCAUGUCGUCGCAAUUCAAGACACUCGCUCUUCAAGCUAUCUCCCUCACGCUCUGUUUCGACAGAUACAAAAUUAGAGCCUCUUGAAAAACAGCGCCCAACUUAUUUUAAAGACAGUCUAAAUAGUGUACCGUCAUUCUCCGAAUUUAUGGGGGUUGACAACAAAUCACUUGAACCGACUGAUGUAUUCAAACUACGAACAGCCUUUGUUGGUCCGCCCGGGAAGCAGAGACAAAUAACUCGACUCCCUGAAUGGCUAAAGACUCCAAUUCCAAAUAACUCAAAUUAUAAGAAGAUAAAGAAUGACUUGCGAGGACUAAACCUACAUACAGUGUGCGAAGAGGCUCGCUGCCCUAAUAUCUCUGACUGCUGGGGCGGUAGUGAUAAAAGUGCAGCUACGGCUACGAUAAUGCUCAUGGGUGACACUUGUACUCGUGGCUGUCGAUUUUGUAGUGUCAAGACCUCCAAAGCACCCCCGCCCCUAGAUCCACACGAACCCGAGCAUACGGCUGAGGCCUUAAGACGUUGGGGCCUUGGGUAUGUGGUCUUGACAUCAGUUGAUCGGGAUGACCUUAAGGACGGGGGUGCGCAUCACUUUGCUGAGACCAUCAUGAAAAUAAAGCAGAAGAACCAGAAUAUACUGGUCGAAGCCCUAACAGGUGAUUUUGCGGGUGAUCUAGAUAUGGUCAAGGUCGUUGCAAAAAGCGGGCUUGAUGUAUAUGCUCACAACGUCGAAACUGUGGAGGCUCUCACACCUUUUGUUAGAGAUCGAAGGGCUACCUUCAAACAGAGUCUCACUGUACUAGACUCGGCGAAACGGGCUGUCCCCACUCUGAUUACCAAAACAAGUAUUAUGCUUGGCCUUGGGGAAACUGAAGAGCAAAUUUGGGAAACUCUAAGAGAACUUCGCAAGGUCAAAGUCGAUGUUGUUACUUUUGGUCAAUAUAUGCGUCCAACCAAACGCCACAUGAAAGUUGAAGAAUACGUGACCCCACAGGUAUUUGAAUCAUGGCGACAACGUUCUCUAGAUUUGGGCUUUCUGUACUGUGCUAGUGGUCCACUAGUGCGGAGCUCAUACAAAGCUGGGGAAGCUUUCAUCGAGAACGUAUUGAAGAAUCGGAGAAUCACAUCAUUGCCACAUGAUCGCACUCAAACUACGCUGUAA